GUUAUUUUCCUUCCCCAUAUAAAAACAUACAUUCGUUUCGUGGUCCAUCAAAGACUAUCGUUAAUUCUCCAACCCCGGUUGUCGUUUUUUUUGCUGUACUAUUAGGGAGGAUAAUCGUUCUCGUCCGUUAGACGCACAUACAUAAUCAAAAUGCAGUUCUCUCACGCUCUCAUCGCUCUCGUCGCUGCCGGCCUCGCCAGUGCCCAGCUCCCAGACAUCCCACCUUGCGCUCUCAACUGCUUCGUUGAGGCUCUCGGCAACGAUGGCUGCACUCGCUUGACCGACUUCAAGUGCCACUGCUCCAAGCCUGAGCUCCCAGGACAGAUCACUCCUUGCGUUGAGGAGGCCUGCCCUCUCGACGCCCGUAUCUCCGUCUCCAACAUCGUCGUUGACCAGUGCUCCAAGGCCGGUGUCCCAAUUGACAUCCCACCAGUUGACACCACCGCCGCUCCCGAGCCAUCCGAGACCGCUGAGCCCACCGCUGAGCCAACCGAGGAGCCCACUGCCGAGCCUACCGCUGAGCCCACCGCUGAGCCGACUCAUGAGCCCACCGAGGAGCCCACUGCCGUCCCAACCGGCACUGGCGGUGGUGUCCCCACUGGCACCGGUUCCUUCACCGUCACUGGCAGACCAACUGCCUCCACCCCAGCUGAGUUCCCAGGUGCUGGCUCCAACGUCCGUGCCAGCGUUGGCGGCAUUGCUGCUGCUCUCCUCGGUCUCGCUGCCUACCUGUAAAUUUAGACUAUCAGCAAAACUGACAAGCACGUCGCCAUGGCGUCAAUUAUUCCCCCCGCGCAUUUUUCCUAGUUCAUUUUUUUCUCGACAACAAUUCAGCACGCAUUGGAAGGCGAAAUGACCCGGAUGUCCGCAACACGAUAAAAGGUUUCACGAUCUCUCUUCUCUGCUCUCCCCUCUCUGGGAGGCUCUAAGUUUCAUUUGGAUUGAAAUGGGGCGAUGGGCAAUCGUUCGUUGGGGGUGAAGGGAGUGGGGAUCUGGGAUUCGGGAUUCCCGAAAGUCAAGAACGCUCUAUUCUGCGACGUGACCACGGCUAUGGGUGUACAAUGUUGUGUCUGAUUUUUUUACGGGGGGGGAGAAACGAAUAUAACACACCUGAUUUCACUUCACACUUAUUACUUAUCCUGUAUCUAAUUGACAUCUGGGAAAGGGAGCUUAUUUCCCUGUUAAUAAUUUGGUGUUAUAUUUUGUUCUCCG